GUCUCCACAGUGGAUUUUGCUCUUUGAAGACUCGAUCUUUGUCUUCGCUCCUUCAACCUCUCUUUCUGAGCACUUUAACAUUGUCGGACUCGGGGGGUUCCUUCUCUCAUAUUCUUCUCCAUCUCUUUUUCUAUCUCAUGGGAUCUCUGAGACUUUCUUACCGGUAGACGACUGGAUAGCUUGAAAAAGGAAAAAUCACGGAAGCAAGAGAGAAGGAUCGAGGGUUUUUGUGGGAAUUCUUCUUUCUGAUUUGGCUCUUACCUCGUAUUGAGAAAAGGGUACAGACCCAUCUGCUUCUUCUCAGCCUUGAAUUCGCUGAAAAGCUCUCGGUCUCCCACGCUUUUGUUUUUUUGUUCAUUUGUUAAUCGGUACCGCACAACCACGGCAAUAGAAAGUCAAUCUCCAGAUAAUAAGUUUUUCUGAAAAGAACAAUUUGGUAUUAUGUUCUGAUGCUGAAGAAAUAAGUGGACUUUGACAUUUUGCUUCUCAAAGGGGAAAAUGUUGGAGGGAGGUCCAAAAUUUCCUGGAAUUAUUGACCUAAACAAUCAUGAUAACACUUAUCAUGAUCUAUCACAAGGAUUCUAUCGUAAAGUCGGUGAGCAUUCCAAUAUGUCAAUUGACAGUUAUGAUAGCUUGCAAACAAGCAAUGGUGGAGGGUCUGUUGCAAUGUCCAUAGAAAGUAUUGGGUCAAAUGAUUCUCACACUCGCAUUUUAAAUCACCAAGGACUGCGGCGGCAUGCUAAUGACAACUACUCUAUUCAACAAAGUGUUAACCAUAGGGGGAGAGUAACACAUGCAUUGAAUGAUGAUGCAUUGGCCCAUGCACUAAUGGAUGGCAAUUCCCCAACAGAGGGCCUUGAGAAUUUUGAUGAGUGGACCAUUGAUUUGAGGAAACUUAAUAUGGGUGCAGCUUUUGCACAAGGGGCUUUUGGGAAACUCUAUAGAGGAACUUACAAUGGUGAAGAUGUUGCUAUCAAAAUCUUGGAGAGGCCAGGAAAUGAUCCAGAAAGGGCGAAGUUGAUGGAGCAACAGUUUCAGCAGGAAGUCAUGAUGCUGGCCACUCUAAAGCAUCCUAACAUUGUUCGAUUUAUUGGUGCUUGUUGGAAACCAAUGGUGUGGUGUAUAGUUACAGAAUAUGCAAAAGGCGGUUCAGUGCGUCAGUUUUUAAUGCGGCGGCAGAACAGAGCAGUGCCACUAAAAUUGGCUGUCAAGCAGGCCUUGGAUGUUGCAAGAGGAAUGGCAUAUGUUCAUGGGCUUGGUUUGAUUCACAGGGAUUUAAAAUCUGACAAUCUUUUGAUUUUUGGUGAUAAAUCCAUAAAGAUUGCGGAUUUUGGGGUUGCCCGCAUUGAGGUGCAGACUGAAGGAAUGACACCAGAGACAGGAACAUACCGCUGGAUGGCACCGGAGAUGAUCCAGCACAGGCCCUACACGCAAAAGGUGGAUGUUUAUAGCUUUGGGAUUGUUUUGUGGGAACUCAUCACAGGAAUGCUUCCUUUCCAGAAUAUGACAGCAGUCCAGGCUGCAUUUGCAGUUGUGAACAAGGGUGUCCGUCCUGUCAUUCCCAAUGAUUGCUUACCUGCUCUUGGUGAGAUUAUGACGCGUUGCUGGGAUGCGAACCCUGAUGUUAGACCAUCCUUCAUUGAAGUUGUGAAAAUGCUUGAGAGUGCAGAGACAGAGAUCAUGACCAAUAUCCGCAAGGCUCGUUUCAGAUGUUGCAUGACCAUGCCGAUGACAGUGGAUUGAUUUCCUGAAGGUGAAAGAAAUCAAAUAAUGAUAAUAAAUAAUAAAUGAUAGGACAUAAUAUAGAGAGAAAAAGAAAAUGGAAAAGAAAGAAGAGGGAGGUGAUGUGUUGAUGUCUUUUAGCAUUGUGUAUUUUGUCAGGUUCCGCCUCAAACUUAAAAUGGAGAAGGAAGAAGAAGAAGCAGCAGCAAUGAUAAGAAGGGUUAGUUCAUGGUUUAGUUGCUUCUCGGUUUUCAGAGUCUUCUCUGUCUCUCCUAAUAUCUCUCAUAGGUUAUCUUCUUUCCCUCGUAUGUAUGAUAGUUUAUGCACGUUAUUGAUUGUACUUGAUUCAUGGUCACUUGCUGCUAGUUCCUUUGUCAUCAGUUCACUGUUGAUUGAAUACUAAAGUCACUAUUAACUUGUUUUGAGGUUUAGCCAAAUAAUGUAUAUAUGUUUGUCUUUGUUGUUCUUG